GCGAGCGGCGGAGGGCGGAGCGGCCAAUGAGCGCGCCCGGCUGCCAACGGGGUCGGGCCUAGCUGGCCCAAGAAGCCGGGUGCGGAGCCGGGGGCUCAAGUGAUCCGGUCUGCCGGGGAAGGCGCCUCUUGGGCGGUCACCUCCGCCGCCAUGUCGCGGUGGUUCUUCCCGUGGUCGAGCUCCAUCAAGAAGCGAGCCUGCCGGUACUUGCUGCAGCAUUACUUGGGCCACUUCCUGGAGGAGCGGCUGGGCCUGGAGCAGCUGAGCCUCGACCUCUACGCCGGCGCCGGGCGCCUCAGCCGCAUCCACCUCGACGUCUGGUCCGUCAAUGAGUUCCUGGAGUCCGUCGGAGCCCCGCUGGAGAUCGUGGAUGGCUUCAUCGACAGCAUCGCGGUCACCAUCCCCUGGUCUGCCUUAGUCACCGAGAACUGCACCGUGGAAGUGAGCGGUCUGCAGAUCACCUGCCGUCCCAAGUACCGGAGUGCCGCCCCCGGCUCAGAGUCGCAAAGCUGGGCAUCAUGCAUGACCACCAGCAUGCAACUGGCACAGGAGUGCCUGAAGGACCAAGCGGAAGAGCCCUCCGACACCCCUCAACCACUGGAGGGGCUGGAGAUGUUUGCCCAGACCAUUGAAACCGUUCUGCGGAGGAUCGAAGUGACCUUUCUGGACACAGUGAUACGUGUUGAGCACGUGCCCGCCGGGGCGGAGAGCAGGAUCGCCUUAGAGGUGCACAUCAAAAGGUUGGACUACUGUGACGAAGCGGUGAAAGAUCCCGGGCAAACGCUCUCUGUUGACAUCCACCAGCCGCCUCCGUUCGUCCACAAGAUCCUGCAACUGAGCGGCGUCCUUUUCUACUACGAGGAGUUCACGGAAGAAGGCGCCCGGACACCUUCGCCAGCCCCAAAGGUAAAGAUUGAAAGCUCAGAGAUGUUUUUCUCCAUGGCGCCCAUGACCAGCAGCGUGACCUCCGUGCGCUCCGUCAGCGAACUCUCCGACAUUGACCUCGAGUCCUCCACCCACAGCGACGUCAGCGCCACCCAUCUGCCCGCUCCGGCCUUUGCGCCAGGGUUCAUCCUGAGCAGCCCCCGGCGUUACGGUCACUCUCCCUUCGCUGCCACCCUUCCGCGCCUCGGCAAAAUGCACAGUAAGGCCAGCCACCCGCCGCCCCCGCCCUUGGAAAGCCAGCACCCGGAGCUGCUCCUGCGGGUCACGGUGGGGGGCCUGACCCUGACACUGCUGCACCAGGACCCCAAGCCCGUGGCCCCCAACCCAGGCCCCCGCCUCCUGGCCCAGCGCUUCUUCUCCCACUUGGGGGCCCUCAAGGACUCGGCCUUCGGGGGGCGGGACUUCCGCCCCUUGCGCCAAUGCUUUGAAGGGGCCUGUCCCCACAGCAACGUCAGGCUCACGGGGGCCGCCGUGCAACUCAGCUGCGAGCACAAAUCCUCCGGCCAGAUGCACAUGCUCACUUGGGACGCCACUUUUGGGCUGCUGGAGGUCUUGGAGUGCCUUUGGCCGGACGACGGCGGGGGGAGAGCCAAACCGGAGUACACCGAGUUGUUGGUCUUUGCCACCCCCAGUGCCUUCCCCUAUAGCCAUUCGCCUCAACCCUGUGCCCGCAUUCGCUCCAAGCACUCGCAGAAGGUGCCAUCUUCCAAGAGUCGUCUUGUCAAGGCAGCAGCCAAACAAACGGUGGAGUUGGAGGCCGAGUUGGCGGAGUUCGGCUCCGACGUGGACCUGGCAACGCUGGACCGGCUCUGCUCCCUGUUGCAGUGUGCCACGGCACCCUCCUCGCCCUCCUGGCUGCCUCCUCGGCCGCACUUGGCAGAUUCUCCCCCGGCCGGCAACUGGCAGGCCAGCCUCCGCUUGUCCGCACCGAAAGCCGCCCUCCGGCUCCAGUUCCCCAUCCCGGACCUGCGGCCCUGGCCCGAGAGGCGGCCCGAGACCCAGAAGGCCGUGCGCAAGGAGAGCCUUCUCCUGGACCUGACCGCCGUCGAAUUCCGCACGGAGCUCGGCCCGUCGGGCGCCACCAAGAUGGAGGUUUCCUGCAGCGACUUGCACGGUGUGUACGAAGAUGGCGAGAAGUUCUUGGUGCCCUGCUUCCGGGUUGGCAAAAGCCCCGAUUUGUCAGCCAAAACGACGGGAAAGAAGUACAUCAUUCCAAAGAUCGCUCUGACCCUCCGCCCCCGGGCCGGCGAUGUCCAGUGGGAUCCGUCGCUACCAAAGCCCGAGGAGAUGGAGCUCUCCUCGGCGGAAAGCCCUUGCGAGCUCAAGCAGCCCGAGCCUUCGCCCUUCUCCUCCAAGCGGACCAUGUAUGAGACCGAGGAGAUGGUGAUUCCCGGAGAUCCCGAAGAGAUGGCCGAAUUCCAGGCCCAGACCUUGGAGGCCUCCCAGUACGCCCUGGAGGUGUCCUUCCCCACCAUGCACCUCUUCCUCCCCAGCAAAGACUUCUACGAGAGCAUCUACAACAGGAUCAACAACGACCUAUUGAUGUGGGUGCCCUUCAGCCUGCCUCCCAGCCCCUCCGAGACGCCGUUGGGUUCUAGUUCGACGUCCUCCCCUUUGGCCAGCGAAGCGCCCUCCUGCAUGCGAUGGCAGGAAAACUUCAAGAUGUGCAAGUCGGCCUUUAAGCUGGAUUCGGAUUCAGAGGAAGAAGACUCCCACUUCUAUUCGGUGGAAAAAAAGGGGGAGCAGCAGAGACCCUCCCCACAGAGCUGCGUCUCCGUCCUGCUGAGUGUCGGGAAGGGGAGGAUCACGGCCCUCUGCAACGCCAAGGGCGAAGGGGGCAAGAAGCUGGAGGGCUCCCACGGCGAGCUGGUUUUGGACGUGGAGAACGGCUGCCUCUUCAGUGUCUCCCAGUACAAAGGCCGGGACGACCUCGGCUAUUUCUGCAUCGAAGCGGAGAAAGUUGCACUUUAUCACAAAGCCGUUGUGGAGGACUACCUCAUGGCUGAGCACUUGGAAAUCCCCAGCUUCCUACCUCCCGAGGGGCUGCACCCCACCAUUUACGCCUCCCAGGAAGGCACCGUUGCCUGGCCUUUGGGGAGCAAGAAGGAAGGCCCCCACAAAAUGCUCUCCCUGGCCAUCCAGAUCAACCUGGACUUGGAGAAGAACAUCAAGGAGUUCUUGGUGACGUUGCGGCUAGAAGGCGCCACUAUGCGGCAUUACAUGGCGUUGGCCCACCAGAGCUGGUAUUCGCAGAUGAUUGAUUUCUUAGACGUCCUGGACGACCCAAUCCUUGGCUUCGUGCCACCCACCAUCAUCACAGUCUUGCAUACUCACCUCUUCAGCUGUGCCGUGGACUACAGGCCUCUCUACUUGCCCAUCCGCGUCCUCAUCACCGCCGAGACCUUCACCCUCUCUAGCAACAUCAUUGUGGACACCUCGGUCUUCCUCCUCCGGUUCAUUCUGGACGACUCUGCCCUAUACCUCUCAAAUAAAUGUGACGCCGAGACCGGGGAUUUGAGGAAAGACUACAUUUGCGUUGUGGACGUGGACCUCUUGGAGUUAGUGAUCACCACUUGGAAGGGGGCCACCACCGAGAAGCUGACCCGACCACUCUUUGAGCUACGCUGCUCCAACAAUGUAGUGCACGUCCACACGUGUGCGGACUCCUGCGCAGCUCUGGCCAACCUUAUCCAAUACGUUGUGAACAAUGGCGAUUUGCACCCGCCGCCCCGGCAUGACAGCCCUACUGAGAUCGCAGGCCAGAAGGUGCAGUUGUCGGAGAGCCCGGCCUCGCUGCCCCCGUGUCCUCCGGCCGAGACGGCGGCCAUCAACCAGCGCGACCUCACCGAUGCCCUCAUGGACUCGGAGCGCGGCCUCCACGAGCCGGCCGGAGAAACCGGGGAGCCUGGGCUCCGGCGGCAGCCCUCUCCCGUCUCGGUGUAUCUUUUCCCCGGAGAGAACGGGGCCAAGGGCAAGGCCCCACCGCCGGCCCCAGCGGGAGAGGGACUGGACUUCAGCCCUUCGGAGGACAGCGAAGGCGAGAGCGAGGCCACCGACGACUUCUGCAUCUUGGACGCCCCCGGCACCGGGAUCCCGCCUCGGGACGGGGAGCCGGUGGUGACGAAGCUGCUGGAGGGUCCGGUCCGCAUCCAGGAAGGCCACUUUUCCCGGCCGCUGGGCAGCACCGACCUGCUGAAGGCCCCCUCCCGCUUCCCGGUGCCCGAGAGCCGGGUGAUGAUGCGGGAGAUCUCGGUGGUCUGGCAUCUCUAUGGCGGCAGGGACUUUGGGACCGGCCGGUCAGGAUUGGGGCACGCCCAUUCGCCCAGGGCCAAGCCGUCCCUCUCCAGCACCCGAUCCUCCCCUUCCCGUUCCUCCUUCACCAACCGGCCCCAAAACACAUGGCGGGCCCAAGGAGGGGCCAGCCGCGUCCAUGACCUUCUGAUGGAGAUCCAGCUGACCAAGGUGAGCUUCCAGCAUGAGACGUAUCCCAGCGGUGCCCCAGAGAAGCCCUCCCUGGAGGUGGAGGAGCAACCAGUGGCCCGGCAGGUCUUCAUCGUCCAGGAGCUGGAGAUCCGGGACCGCCUGGCCUCCUCCCAGAUCAACAAGUUCCUCUACCUGUACAGUAGCGAAGGAAUGCCCCGACGGGCCCACUCCAACAUGCUCACCAUCAAAGCCCUCCACGUCUCCCCUGAAGCCGGCCUGGGAGGCCCCGAGUGCUGCCUUCGUGUUUCACUCAUGCCCUUGAGGCUCAACAUUGACCAGGAUGCCUUGUUCUUCCUCAAGGACUUCUUCACCAGUGUGGCCGCCAGCAUUAACCCGGUGGUGCCCAUUGAAGCGGCUGCAGAAGGCCGUGCGGAGUCCCCUGGGAAGGAGCCCGAGGGCGCCGAGAGCGAGAUGAUGGCUUCAAUGGAGACCACCGCCAGCGAAAACAGCUCCUUGUCCAAUGCCUCCUCAUCCUCAUCUGACCAACCCAUUUACUUCCGGGAGUUCCGGUUCACCUCCGAAGUACCCAUCUGGCUUGACUACCACGGCAAACACGUGACCGUGGACCAAGUGGGCACCUUUGCGGGCAUCUUGAUCGGCCUGGCGCAGCUCAACUGCUCCGAGCUCAAACUGAAAAGGCUCUGCUGCCGGCACGGGCUCCUGGGGGUGGAGAAGGUGGUGAGCUACGCCUUGACCGAGUGGCUGACGGACAUCCGCAAGAACCAGCUCCCGGGCAUCUUGGGCGGCGUGGGGCCCAUGCAUUCGGUGGUGCAGCUCUUCCACGGCCUCCGGGAUCUCUUCUGGCUUCCCAUUGAACAGUAUCGCAAAGACGGACGGAUCAUCCGCGGGCUGCAGAGGGGCGCGGCCUCUUUCGGCACCUCGACGGCCUCAGCCGCGCUCGAGCUCAGCAACCGCCUGGUGCAAGCCAUCCAGGCCACGGCGGAGACGGUCUACGACAUCCUCUCGCCCACGGCUCCUCCCAUGAACCGGACCCUCCUGGACAAGAAGCACAGCCGCAAACUCCGGCGGGGCCACCAACCUGCAGACCUGCGCGAAGGCGUGGCCAAGGCCUACGACACCGUGCGGGAGGGCGUGAUCGACACGGCCCAGGCCAUUUGCGACGUGGCUGCCCGUGGCCACGAGCAGAAGGGCAUCACGGGCGCGGUGGGCGGCGUCCUGCGCCAGAUCCCUCCCACGGUGGUCAAGCCACUUAUCGUGGCCUCGGAGGCCACUUCCAACCUCUUGGGCGGGAUGCGCAACCAGAUCAAGCCCGACGCCCGGAAGGAGGAGUCGCUCAAGUGGCGCUCGGAAGAGACUCAGGAGUGACACGACCCACCGAACGUGGCAUCUCGACUCUUGCGUGUGUGUGUGUGCAUGGAUGCGUGCGAGGCGUACGUGUGUUGCCGUCCGACCCCGGCCCUUCGCCCGUCUUUCAUUUUUUGUAUGUUUCCAAACUCUUUUGUCCAAUCCCGUGCACGUCCUGGAAGGAGGACAACAAAGCAGUCGGACACCAUUAAAAGGCCACGGCUUUGGUUCCCA